AUGUCUCGCGACUCACGACAUGCUGCCGGCGGAUCGACGAAGAAGCUCAUAGGCCUCGGUCGCCUACGGUGGUACUGCACGCCCUGUUCCAAACAAUGCCGCGACGAGAACGCAUUCAAGCAACACACCCUGUCCGAAAGCCACGUCCGCAACAUCGAUGCCAUCGGCUCAAAUCUCGGCCAAGCUGUUGAGCAGUUCUCCCAGCAGUUUAAGUCUGACUUUCUGAACCUUCUCCGUCUUAACCAUCGCGAAAAGAGCAUACAAGUCAACCGGUUCUACCAGACCUACAUUGCCGACCGUAACCACAUACAUCUUAACGCAACACGCUGGCAUACCCUAAGCGACUUUGCAAAAUGGCUUGGCCGUGAAGGUCUCUGCCGCGUCGAGGAGAAGGAUGACGGUAUCUACAUAGCCUGGAUCGACACUUCCCCUGACGCUUUACAGCGUGCUACGCUGCUUGAUAAGAAGAUUCGGGAGGAGGCGGCUGGCCGGCUUCAGGAGGAGCGGCAGCUAGAGGAGCAGGUCAAGAGGGCUCAGGCACAGGCAGAGGCACGGGCACAGGCAAAGCCUACGACUUCUCCAUUGCCUACACAACCUACGUCGCUUACUCCUACACAAAACAGUGAUACCAACAUCACAUUUCGAUUAGGCCACAAGGCCACCAAUACUCCUGCCAGUCCUGCUAUCCAGCCAAAGAAGAAGUCCCAAAACAUCUUCAAGAUGGCAGGGCGGAAGAGGGAAAGGCCAGCGGAGGAGGCCGAGUCGGCCGAGCGACCCAAGGUCAAACGUCGGGCAAUAACAGCUCAGCAGCAUACGUGA